AUGCCGCUCCCAUGGCGGUCAUGCGCGCUUCGCUCCAUUCGCUGGAUCCGGCCGUUUCCCUUUGGGCCCCGGUGGGCGUCGCGGACGGGGUCAUCUGACCAGCAGGAACUGGAGCUAGCGCGAAGGUGGCUGAAGAACUUCGACUCCAAUUCCAUUCCCCGCCAGGUUGGCGAGCUCUCCUUCAGCCGUUCAAGCGGACCGGGCGGACAGAACACCGUGGGGGCCCCUGCCUCCCGAAACCCCCCCAACAGAGUCAAUUCUAAGGCGACCUUGAAAGUGCCCUUAGUGGAGCUGUUCCCGCUGGUGCCACGGUUGCUACACUCCCCGCUGCGCACCUCGCGCUUUGUCUCCGAGCGCUCACAAACGCUGGUGAUCCAAUCCGAUGAGUCGCGCCAGCAGUCAAUCAAUGUCGACUCCUGCUAUACGAAGCUCUACCAGCUCCUGGUCAGAUCGGCCAAGGAGGUUAUUCCCGGCGAGACCUCCAAGGAGCAGAAGGAUCGCGUACACAACUUACAACGGGCCCAGAACGAAGCUCGUUUGAAGGACAAGAAGUUUCAUAGCAGCAAGAAGAGUAAUCGGCGGGGAAACAAGUACGAUGAUUGA